CAUAAAAGCGCAGGCCGGCCCCACACGCGGGCAGCCACGCAGCCACACGGACACGUCGGCGCCAUGAGUCACGUGGACGUCAACAAGUUGAAGCCCAGCAACUUCGAGGAGCAGUACUACGACCAGUACGACUUCUACAACCUCAGCGACAAGUACGCAGAGGGGGCGUCGCGCAAGGGCCGCACCAAGAAGGAGGCCAGCGACAACACCAACCGGCCCAACCCCACCGGACACGAGCGCAAGGCCGCCGAGAAACUGCAGAAGAACAAAAGCAAAGCCUGAACGCAAAAGGACCUCUCUGACGGCUCGACCGGACCCGACCAGCCAGCGACGACGUCGGCCGCGUGCGACGACCCCCGACCCCCGUGGUGGUGACGAAUGUGCCGACUUGAUGUUUUUUGCAAUAAAGUUUCCAAAACGCAACAAUAAAUAUGAUGUGAGCAACACUGCCCUCUGUUGGCCUGACAGUCCACUGACUGACGUGUUCUUGCGCCUCAUUUAUGAUGAUCGCCAACUUUUUGUGAACGGCGGAGGAGACCUGAUCAAUGUCUACUUUUAAACACAAGAUGUCACCAAAGAGACAAUAAAGAUGACUAUUCAAUGUUGA